AUGGACGGCAAAAUAGUCGCAGUCAGUGGGGGGGCACAAGGGAUUGGUUUGUCUACAGUCAACCUCCUACUUUCUCAGGGCGCCAGGGUCUCGGCGGCCGAUGUGGACGAGGCGAAGCUGGAACAACAACAACAGCACUUCGAGGCCGCUGUCAAGGAAAAGCGAGUUCGAUUCCAAAAGGUGGACGUCACUGUUUCGAAAGAAGUCGAUGCGUGGAUCGAGGAAACCACCGAAUGGGGCGGUCGAGGCGUCAUUGACGCUGCGGUAAAUGCAGCUGGAGUGAACUUGUCGGAUACUGGUGCGCAGCCUGAUCUCGCCGACACGUCCGAUUCACGUUGGGCUAUACUUCUCGGCGUAAACCUCACGGGCAUGUUCUACUGCCUUCGCUCUGAAAUCAACAACAUCGCAGACGGAGGGAGCAUCGUGUGCAUAUCCAGCGUCCAAGGCCUCCUAGGCUUCCCAACCAGCGCUAGUUACGCCGCAAGCAAACAUGGCGUCCUGGGCCUUGUGAAGAGUGCGGCAAAGGAGACAGGAGAGAGGAGGGUGCGAAUCAAUGCUGUUGCUCCGGGAGCGAUCGAUACCAGAAUGGUGCUAGAGAAAGACCGCACCGAUAUUCAGACGCCUAUCAGGCGCAUUGGGAAGCCGGAAGAGGUGGCAGAGCUAAUUCUGUUCCUUCUGGGUGACAAGGCUGCCUUCAUAACCGGGAGCACAUACAGUAUUGACGGGGGAUGGGCAUGCUAA